CUUGUGGAGUUCCUGAAAUAAACAGAAAUGGCAAUUUUUCUUCUUGGUGUAGCUGUGAAGAGAAAGGAAACCCGGCGCGCAGGCCUCAUUUUCUGCGUGUAAAAUGUGUGUGUUCUUUAAAAGGCAGUGGUUGGCUGCUUUCCGGACAUGAUGUGGUUGAAGCUGUCAUCGUAAUGGAAAUUCAUUGCUGUAGCUAUGGUAAAUCGAGUUUUCUGCCUGUGCUGAAUGCAUUAGUCUAAUGAGAUGUUUGCAGCUGGAGAGCUGAGCUGCUGGAGACUUGCACUGUGCUAAGAGACAGGGAGAAGAUGGCUUUUGCCAGGGUCUGUGUGACUGUGCUGAAAGUCCUCUUCCCUUUGGGUCCCAAUGCCCGGGCUCUCUAAAGACCCUGCUCAGUGUUUUAUCCUAAGCAAUAGGUGUCUUAAAGGUAACUUUGAGAGAAGACAGAGCACAGGGAUGAAAUGCGUGCAGGUGCCUGGCUAGCCCAGCCGGUCCCUCCCUAGCUCCCCAAGCCUCCGACGCCACCCCAGCCCACCGCUCGCUAACAGAGGGUGAAGCCCGGCGUGGUUCACCCCGGGGCAGAUGAGCCACCUGCCGUGCCUGCCCACCAGCCUGGCCCCAGAGGAGAUGCAGUCCCCCCGAAUGGCAGGGAGGAAGCGAGGGCGGCCUCCACUCCAGCCGGCACCCAUCAAAGUGGCUGUUCACAACCUCUACUCCGCACCGGCCGCUGCUUUGCCAGUCGUGAAGAUCCCAAAGAAGAGAGGGAGGAAGCCGGGGUACAAACUGAAGUCUCGCGUCCUGAUGACUCCCUUAGCAAUCUCUCCGCCAAGAAGCACACCGGAGCCGGAUAUUAGUUCAAUCCCCCAGGAUGCAGCUACGAUACCUAACUCGGCCACCCCACAGGCUCUCACAGUCUGCAUUUAUGUCAACAAACAAGCAAACCUGGGGCCAUACCUUGACAGAAAAAAAGUGCAGCAGCUCCCGGAGCACUUUGGGCCAGAGAGACCAUCUGCAGCCCUGCAACAGGCUGUGCAGGCCUGCAUUGACUGCGCGCUCCAGCAGAAGGCUGUCUUCUCACUCAUCAAGCAGGGCUAUGGAGGAGAGACGGUGUCAGUUUCAGCUUCUUUUGAGGGGAAGCAGCAUCUCAUGAAUGUGUUGGUGGUGAACAGCAUCGGGUAUGUCCUGCGCUUCCUGAAGAAGCUCUGUCGCAGCCUCUUGUGUGACAAUCUCUUCAGCAACCAGCCUUUCCAGCAAUACAACACCGUGUCAGAAAGCCCAGAGGCGUAUGAGAACAGACGGGUGGAGGCAGAAACAUUCACACCUGAGGACUAUGUGGCUGAUCCUGCAAACCUGAAGCGGUAUAGUGUGGAUCCUGCCGAUUCUGCCUUCAGUUGCAUGGGCUCCAUGUAUUCUAUGCGGCAGAGUCCUGCAGAUGGACGUCCUGCUGGAGGCUCCUCUUCCUCCUGUAGCCAUCGUCCUGCCCAGAUGUCUUCAGGGGGGUCCUCAUCUACUGGCCUGCAUCAUCAAACCUCCAGCCCAACAAGGAAUGGGACCUAUCUUGAAGGAAACAGAAGUGCCUCAAGUCCUUCACCAGAACAGCAAGACGCAACUCGGCCAUCAAGCAAGAAUCCCUUGACCUGGACAGUGGAUGACGUGGUUUGGUUUGUGAAGGAUGCAGAUCCUCAUGCUUUAGGUCCCCACGUGGAGCUCUUCAGAAAACAUGAGAUUGAUGGCAAUGCUUUGUUGCUGCUGAAAAGUGACAUGAUCAUGAAAUACCUGGGGCUGAAACUGGGACCUGCGCUGAAACUGUGUUACCACAUCGAUAAGCUCAAGCAAGCCAAGUUCUAACAAUUUCUUGAACAACAAUGGAAUAUGACCUAAAUCUAAAUGGAAAACUAAAGGUAACGUGUUGCCUUACAGAAAUGCAUUCAUUUGCAGAUUGCUUUUCCUUCUUUUUUAACAAGGACUUUGUCUUUUUUAACAUUUGUGCAUCGUCACCUUUUUUUAAUCCAAUGGGGUCUUUUGGGAUGCUUUGUGUUACUAAUUUGCCAAAAAGUAUAUAAUUAUAACAAUUAUUUUGUAUCAUUAAUAUUAUGAUUAUAGUAAGUCCUAUUUUUGUAAUAAGAAGUGGAAAAUCAAAACCAAACACAGCUAUGGCAUACACUGAGGACUGCUGGAAGACUAACCAAGGGUCCCACACUUGCCAAGGGUCCACCUUGGAGGAGUAACUGCUGACCUGCAUCAGAUGGGCUCCAGCUCCAACAACCACUGAUGCUCAAGAGCUGGGAAAGUGAAGUGUUUGUUCACUUACUGUCUGAUGGGAACUUCUCCAUGUCUUGCACUAUCUGGAAAACUUGAAUUCUUCAAUUAAAAAGAAAAAGAAAGUUAGAAAAAGAAAAUAGGGGAAAAAGA